CUUGUGUUCUGGAACGUCAUGGAUCAUACCACGCCUCAUUCGACCAUGAGAUGCGAACUUCGGGCUCAGGGUUGGGCCGGAGAUCCCACUCGAUUGUGUUCCUCGUGUCCCCCGGCAAAAGGAAAUUAGAAGAGGGGCCUUAUAUUCCUCCUUGUGCAUCAUUUGUACCACUGCCGUUCUGUCUCAUCGUGAAUACGCAUGUCUGUUUUCUGUCCUGCUGCAACGCCCACGCCUCGUCUGGACAUCUGAAACCCCUAUACUCCCCUUAUCCUUCACAUUUCCUCGAAAAUCAUAACCAUCACUUUUAUCCUGAGGCAAAAUGGCUGAAUAUGACCAUCCAGUGCAACCGGAUAUCCCGAGCCACAAAAACAGCGCUUACCUUGACCCUCCGUACCGUCCUUACUGGGCACGAAGUCCCGUCCAGUACGCGCAAGACCUUCUCGGAUACUCAGAAGACCCAAUCGAGUACGAUUACGACGACCGCGAUUACUGGGACAACUGCUUCUUCUUUCCGGAGGACUGUUCUUGGUCUCCGCCUAAGGGCUGGGUUAUCAAAAAGGAUACUCUCGAAGAAGACAUCGCGCUCGGAGAUUGCCACGAGCAGUACAUCGAAGACAACAUGAUCCCCGGUCUUCCGGACAUUAAGAUGCUGGAUGCGGAGGCGCUCAGCGAUCUCUUAGAGGAUAACCUGUCGCCUCCGGAAAUCACCUCGAUGAUGGUAUUCGCUACCAAUGGCGCCAUUUUCGCAUACGCCUCGUCUCUCCCAUCUCGGCAGUUGCGGAACCUGAGCGCAACCUACGGAGCAGCUUACACAUGCUACGCGAAGAAUGCAUCAUGUGGUAACCUGACCGGCGUGAACCCAGCCAGUCAUCCAUCAUCAUACGUCACCACGCCCUCCGUCUCCCUCGGCGAUGUCGGUUCUAUCGUGUUCGAACUCGAUGACCUGGUCGCAGUCGUUACCCGGAUAGCGGACAAAGUCCUCCUUGCCGCAGUUGGGCCAUCAAAACUAGGGGAUUCCGAAGGCGUGACGACCCCCAACAGCGCACAAGGUCUCCUGAACGGCUCUACGCAGCCCGGAGCCGACCACGCGCCUGGACCAGACGCCCUGAAUGAUGGGCGCACGUAUGCUAGCGUCGUUGCAGCCAACGGAGGCCGAGGCCAUGGCGGGAAUGGCCCUAGCUCCGAUGCACAACUUGAAUCACAGUACGAGAUCGACCGGAGCAGUGAUUUGGCUCGUCUCGCAAGUCUGAAUCUCUCCACCUCACCAUCCAUCUUGCUCGCGUUGGAGUCGAAAUCCGCGGCGUUAGGGAGAUUCCUGAGCCAGAAACUCUCGGAUCUCGAGAGCCCGGAAGACUUCUAAAGCACAUGCAACUAAUUCCCCUUUCCGAUUCGCUGUAUCAACUGCCUAUCUAUUAUUAUUCUCUUCUCGAUUGUGUUUAUCCUAAUCCGAGCUCGCAUGAUUCUCCCCGACGUUUGAUAUCACUUUGAGCGUUUAUACUUGACCAAUAUAUCUCUUACCUUCUCCCAGCUAUGUUACAAUAAAUAUGUAUUUUUGAAGACAUUCGCCGAAUACCCACCAUAGAUAUAUGGGGAUACCAACUACAAGUAUAUAAUAAUAAGACUUAUCCAUUAUGCAUGAUGUUACUCGAGAGAC